UAGCAUGUACAAAUACACAAAGCACCUAAUUCUCACCACCACUACCCACAACACCAGAUCAGAGCCAAGAAAAAUCAAAGGCACAUCAAAAACCACCAUUAUUCCCAAACUAGCUUAGCAUACCAAUAAUUCAAAUUAAAAACCCACCAAAACUAGUGAAUACAAUCACAAGCUAAGCUAUCUAAGCUUCAGCGGGCACAGCAUGUGGAGAAUUCUUGCAGUCAUAAGCCAGAACCUGGGGAACAUGGGGAAGAGCCCGCGGGUGGCGGACGAGAGCAUGCUGGCGGCGGCGGCGGAGAUUCCGGCGGCGGUUUUAGGGCGGAGGAGAGGCCGCCGCGUUUCGGUUGUAGUUUAUGGAAUAUUCCGGGCUCCGUUGUCGUUGUUUUCUUGCUUGAGCCGCCCUCCGGCCAACGGAUCAAUGGAUGGGGUUUGGGUCACCGGAGAUUUCGCGCAGAUGUCGGAAAUGAAUCAUCUCAUGGUUAGUGAUAGCAUGCGUUAUGCAAUAUUGAUGUGAAAAUAUAUAAUUAUUCUAAUAAAUAUAUAACAAUAAUAAAAGUAGUUUUUAAGGAUGUUUUUCUUUUGUUGUUGUUAUUGUUGAGAGCGUAUAUAUUAAGUAUUUAACUACCUCGUUACAUACAUACAAAUUAAUACUCCAUCUUACUUUCCAUGUA